UGUUUGCGCUCGGUCACGCCCUUCUUGCCGUCUGCGUUUUGAUAUGAUCAGCAUCUGCUGGCGUAUCGGUCUCUCGUGGUGCUGUCGUCACUUCCGCCUCCUCUUCGAUGGGGCACUUGUUGUUACCCAAAUUCAUCUACGCGUGUGCACUUGCGGGUUCUUUGGGUUGC